GCCCUGGUUGCCGCUCGACGACGCCGCUAUUACCCAACCAGCUCCCCUCCAACUUCCCCACGCGCGACAACUCUCUCUCUCUCUCUCUCUCUCUCUCUCUCUCUCUGUGUGUGUGUUCAGCUCUGUACAGACGUGGUUAUGCAGUGGCGGCCAGAGUUUAGCUUCCCGGGCUCGCCGGCGCGGGGACCGGAGCGCGCGCUGCCGCCACGACCGCGCGCGAACCCGAUGGCGCCGCGGGCAGGGGAGGAGGAAAUCCGGUGGCUGCAGGCCUCGCGGCAGGGCUCGCCGGACUAUGCGUCCGGAGGAUCAGGCACGCCGUCGCCGCAGCUGUGGGUGCACCACGAGCACCACCACCGGCUGUACCCGGCCUCCGCGGGGAGCUCGCCGUCGCGGGCGCAGGCCAUCGCGGGGUACCGCCGCGAGAUGCUCGACCUCGUCCGCGGCCUCCCGGAGUCAGCCUACGAGCUCUCCCUCCGCGACAUCGUCGAGCACCCGUCGUCAUCCCCACCUCCUCUUCCUCCUCCGCCGUCGAACACCUACGCCGCCCAGAGAGAUCACGAGCCCGCCGACACCAAGAAGGACGCCGCGGCGGACACGGUGGACGAGCAGGCCACGAAGCAGAGCGGCGGCGCCAAGAACAAGAAACAGGGGAGGAAGCAGAGGACGAUGCGGAAGCAGCGGAGCCGGAGCCUGGAGCGGAGCGUCAGCCUGGACACCGGCCUGCUGAUCAAGCUCUUCCUGCCGCUCUCCGUCGGCGGCAAGAAGAAGGUCUCACCAAAGCCCGACGGCGCCAAGGACGCCAAGAAGAAGGACAAGGAAAAGAGGAAGCAGGGGAAGAAGGAGGAGGCAAAGGAGCAGGAGGAAGAGUGGUGGACGAAGAGCGAGUUCAGCGAGGCGGGGAGCAGCAGCCGUACAAGCAGCAGCAACAGCGGCACCGGCAGCGUCAGAAAUGGACAUAGAAAUAGCAGCAGCAACCCAAGAGCUCCAGUCAGGAGUAGCAGCAGAAAGAGAACUGGGUGCUAUGCUUUCUUCAGAGCAAACAAAAGCAAAAAUGGAGUCAGCCAAGAAUAGGAAGAUCACAAGGCCACCAUGCAAAUGGAAAAGGAGCUCAUCCAUCUACAGCUAUCACAGGCAAAAUCUCCUGUACGUUCUUGAAACAGUCACAUCUUUUGUACUAUCGUCUGUUUGCAUGCUUUUUUUUUUUUUUUUUUUUUGCGAUCGUUUGUACAUUUGCUUAGAAAACCUCCACAGCUAAUGUAAACUUUUUGUUAGUAGUUGACAAAACAGAGGUUGUGGAUGAUGACGCCUCAGUGCACUUGUUUGGUUU